AUGCCGGCUCCCUCGCCCCUUCCAACCUACCUCUACAAGAUCCUCCCUGCUGCCCCGCCAUCCCCCCUCCCCGCUCGCCUCCCGCUCUCAGACCUCGACCGCAAUGACGGCUACAUCCACCUUUCGACAUCGGAGCAAGUACCUGGCACCGCCGACAAGUUCUUCAGCGACGUCUCGGAGCUGUGGCUGCUGAAGAUCAAGUAUGACGUGCUGGUCGCGGGCACCGAUGGCGACGGGCAGGUUCAUGCGGAUAAGAGGGGUGAGCUGAAGUGGGAAGAGGUCGGAAGAGGUUGCUUUGCGCAUUUCUACGGUGCAGAUUUGGGUAACGGAAACGUCGAGAGUGCGUACAAGGUUGAGAAGAAGGGCAGCUGGGUUGACAGCUUGAGCCUGGAGUGGUUCAGAAGUAAGCAUUGGACCGACCGGCGCAUGAGAAGGGCAGUAUGCCAAGGACACAGAGACGGUAGCUCUCCCUACGACAUGACCAAAGGCGUGGACUUUGCGAUACCAGUUCGACCCAACAGCGAAGAACGCACUGCCGCUGUUCGGCGUUCACUCAGACCGAUGGCACAGAGGCUGUUCAGCGCCUUUGAGCUUCGAGCCAACGACGAUGGCCAGGUUUACAGACAUCCAGCUGCUAGUUGA